GAGCCGUCACGACCAUUGAACUCAGCUUACGCCGCCGAGCAUUUUGCGGCGUCUCACAGCAUACUUCGCCAUUAUCGAAGUAAUACGCAUCGUUCUUUGAGUUUGUUCCAGUCUUCAGCGCGAGUUUUGUAGUCCCUUCCUGUUCCAACUCGCUCGGAUCACUACGCAACACCAAGACGCGUCUGCCCAAACACCAGCGCGUAAACCAACUGCAAGCUCUACAGCGCACCGUGCGAAUCGACGAAACCAGGUCGUUCAAUCAAUCAAUUCGGCCGCGACUACUCUCAGAAUGAGCAAGCGAAACGCAGCGUCGCCCGAUCUCGACGAGCCACGAAAGCGACAGCGAUCAGCCCCCGCCAAGGGAGGUGCAUCCGACGUGCUGAAGGAUUGUCGCGCUCUUAUCCAAGCAGUCAUUGAUGCGACUGACGAAGCGGGCGAACUCAUCUCUGCGCCUUUCUUGAAGCUGGUCCCGAAAAAGGCAUACCCGGAUUACUACAAGAUCAUCACGCAGCCAAUCGCAAUCGACCAGAUUCAGCGUAAGGUGAAGAAUGGAGAGUACACUCGAUUAUCUGACUGCAAGAAGGACUUCUUGUUGAUGGUCAGUAAUGCAAAGACGUACAACUCGCCCGAGUCGCAAUUAUACGAGGAUGCGAUCACUAUAUCGAAGGUCGUGAAGGGAUUCAAGGGAGAGGCUCCAGCCGAUGAUGACGAGGAAGACGAUGUCGAGUUGGAACUGACUGAUGAGGAGGAUGUUCUGCCUGCGUAUGGGUCGAAGACGGAUAUGGAGAAAUCCGUCCUCGAUGCUGCGCGUGAACUGAUCCACGAGAUCACACACAUCAAGAAUACCAAAUCGAUCCCGUAUUCAGUUUCCUUCAUGAGUCUGCCUGAUAAGCGAGAGUACGCCGACUACUACCAGAAGAUCAAAGAGCCAAUGUCCUUCAACAUGAUCCUGAAGAAGAUGCGAUCACCCGGUUACGAAUCGCUAGGUGAUUUGGAUAAGGAGGUCGAACUCAUCUUUUCAAAUGCCUUUUCGUAUAAUGAAGAAGGAAGCCCCAUCUGGAAGGACGCCAAGGCUAUGCAGAAGAGCUGGAGGAAGAAGAUCGAGAAGCGACGGAUUGAAUUAGGAGAGAUACAACCGCCUCCGCCGCCGACACCAGCUGUUGAGGCACCCAAGUUGAAACUCACGCUGGGCAACAACUCUGCAACGCCUGCACCCCCAAGCGCUUUACCGCCACGGAUCAAAUUCAAUAUUGGAACAGGCGGUACACCCGUACCCGCCCCAGCUGAGACCAAGGAGGAGCAGAUUGAUGUCGUGAGCGCUGCUGCUCCGGCUGCACCACCGGCACCACCUAAACCUGCGCCGUACGUUCCCGCUCCAGACCCAUGGCUCCGCGAUCCCAAGCUCCCGGCACUUAUACCCCUCCUCAACAUCUCCGGUCCAUCCGUCGCACUUCGAAUCCCACCUAGCCCGCUCAGCAGAUUACAGAUGUACACCAUCACCGUGCCUGCUGCAACUACAACUCUUUCCGUCUCGCCCAUACUUAAUACGACUCUACCUCCGAUCAGGGCUGGCCAGUUUUCGUUGAGUGUUGUGUGUAAUGGACGACGCGUUAAUCCUAGUCCUGAAGCGGGUGCGGGUGGGGGAUUUCCAGUUAGUUUAGCAGGCGUAGCGACUAGCAGAGUUGAGUGUGAGAUUGCGAUUGCACCAUCGCCGGGACAGGAUGCUGGGUUGGAGGGGAGGGAGAGGGUUGUAGUGCUGGUCGUGAGGAGGGGAUAAGGGAGGAAGAAUGGAACAACAACGAGUGUUGUAAAGCGCAAAGGAACGAGGGCGUGCAGACUUCAAGGGCGGUAAAUCUUGAAUGGAGUUACGAACACCUAUACCCUACCCAAUUGCCGGCGCCGGAGUCUGUCACUGAGGGUGGUGUGAUGGCCAUCAAAUAAAGGGCGAGCUCACCGAUAACAAACCGUUCUUUUCGCA